UUUCACACGUCUACUGUGCUUCAAUAAGCUGGCUGCGUGUACGCAGCAGCAAGGCACCUAUGGUACAGGAACAGGAAUUGUUCGAAUGUUUCUUGAGGGUUUCGCUACUCGAGUCAAAUGCACGAUCGGUCGUUCUGGCGAAUUUUGUUUGACAUGUAUAACAUGCGCGUCGUGUUCUGUGUUGCCAAAUGGCUUGUCCAGUAGCCCUCGUGUGCACGUGCGUGUCUGUCCUCUGUAGUCUCGUUUCGCCGAGCCAGCGUCGAGGGCUCGUUUCUCUCUCACCCCGAACGAACGUUUUCUUUCUCACCUCCUGGCCGUCUAGAGACGACAAUUCUCUUUCGAUUUCCAGAGGAAGCCUCGUUGCGGAGCGCCGCGGUGAUUCCGAAAUUUUGCUAUCCAGAGCCGGUCAUCAAGGUCCCCGAACGCGAUUACUACGAAACGUUUUCGUUCGUGCUAACUAUGGAGGAUGGAUCGAGGCAGCAGGUCUACUGCAGGAGGUAUUGGUAUAAAAAUCAUACCGAAAGGCCUGAGUGCUAUUGUUUGUCAAGUUAUUGCGUGUCGUUCAGCCUGUUUUCACAGGUGUUGGACAUCGUGGAACUGAAGUUCUCCGAGGGCGACAGGAACGUGUACAAUUUCCUUCAUUCGGUGCUGGCGCAGCCGUUUCCGGAUCCCGGCAACACGAUCGUGAUAAAGACUUUCUCGGUGCCCGAGCGCGAGGAAGACGAGGGCCAAGAAAUAAAGUCGCAGACCUUUCGAAUAACCAGGAGCUGCGAAGAUUACGAGUACUUGGAAUACGUCUCCUACGAAGAUCUAGUUCGAGUCAUGGGCAUCGACUACCUCAUGCUGAUUUUCAAAGCAAUUUUGUUGGAAAGACACGUCAUCUUGGUGUCAGGCGAUCUCGAGAAGCUCUCCGGCUGCCUCGCCGCCAUGUUCAACUUGGCAUACCCGUUCACGUGGAAGUACGUCUACAUUCCCAUUUUGCCGCACAGCAUGCUCGAAAUUUUGAACGCGCCGAUUCCGUACCUGAUCGGCAUUUUGUCCAGCUCGCUGCCGGAACUGGAUUAUUCCCUCCUGGAGGAGGACGUGUUGCUGAUCGACCUGGACAACGUGGAAAUACUGCGGCCUCCCUCGGCGCAGCCGGACUUCCUGCCCACCGCCAUAUCCGAUUCGCUCGUGAGAAAUUUGAACCUCGUGAUUCGCAGCGGCAGGAGACACGCGCUCUUCUCCAUCUCCGUCGCUCGCUGCUUCCUGCGAUUUUUUGUGUCUAUUUUUAAACAUUACCACAAAUACUUCGAGCGCCUGGACGAAAACGGUCACAUGACCGGCAGAAACAAAAUCAACACUCCGGAGUGGAUCGACCUGUUCUCUGGGGAGCCCAACAACUUCGACUGGGCGUUCAACUACGACAGGUUCAUCCGGUACAAGUCCUCCGAAAUCAAAAAUUUUAUGAGCUAUUUCAAGCAAACGCAACUUUUCUUGAGCUUCUUGCAAGAGCGCGAACUUUGGGCCAAAAAAGGCAUCCUGUACAGCUGUGCGCUGCUCCGAAACACACGCUCCCAGCUAAAACAAAAAAUCGAAGAGGUAGAACAAACCUCCCCCCCCCCCGCCGUACCUAAGCACAAAAAAAAGAGCCUGUUCGGCGGCUUGACCUCCAAAAUUCAAUUCAUCCUUCAACGCCAAAACGAGCUUCCCGCUAGUUUGGUGCUCAACCCAAAAAAAAAAAAAACUUCUCCCGAACCAACCUACUCCACAAUCCCCUCGGACUCCUACCAGUCUGACUCUCAGGACCCCUCCUCCACCGCUAACUCAAAGCAGUCGGAAUUGUUUCGCCCGAACUCAAACUUCCAAAACUCCCUUGACUACCUUACCUACACCGAAAGCGGCAACUCCUACUACCACUCGUUCACCACCUCCAUCAGCCCCGUCUCCGAAUUUGUCUUGGGCAGCUCAACUUCUUUGCCGAACAUCUAUUACAACACAAACGACGGUACAACAAAUUCUGACAAAAACGCGAAUUUUUCUAACGGUUCCCUGUCUUAUUAGUUA